UCACAAGAUAAAUAGUUGUCGAUGAUAAUACAAUAUUGUUUAAGGUGAACUGUCGCGCUACCCAGAGUUUAAUCACUGGUUAGGAGUUCACGCCUGUAAAGAUGAAGAAGUUGUUCAUUUUUUGCCUCAUAACUAUGUUAAUGGUUACAUGCCGUGCAUGUAAUCGGAAUGAUCCUGAACCAACUGAGGAACCAACAACCCCAUCAAGGCCGUAUCCUGUAACCAGUUUGCCACCUACAACCAUACUACCUACUAGAUGUCCUGAUAUUUAUUCCAGCAAGAGCACAGACGGUAACGCUGUUAUCAUUGGUGAAAAAUGGUCAGAGUCGUCUGUUACUAGCAGAUACAUAAUUAUUUUGAAAAAUGACGCAGACCCAGACACGUUUGUUGCAAUUCUUCAUCAAAAUUUCUUAACAGUGGAACCAGUUAAUAUACUUCGAGGAAGGUUACCGGGCGUCAUCAUCGACUUGGAUGACCAGCAAGUCAGUAUUGUCAAGAGACUAAACAUGGUGAAGUAUAUUGAGCACGAUUCGGAGGAGUCGACCACAGAGCCAUCGGUAACUUGGGGUCUAGAUCGCGUUGACCAGCGUCAACUGCCACUAGAUGGUGUUUUUCAGGCAUAUGGUACCGGCACAGACAUUCCAGUUUACGUAAUUGAUUCUGGCAUCAACGUUGACCAUGAAGAAUUUGGUGGACGUGCUAUAAACUGGUUUGAUGCCACAGGAGAAAAUGGUACUGACUGCAGUGGCCACGGAACCCAUUGUGCUGGUACAAUCGGCAGCAUGCAUUACGGGGUCGCUCCCGGAGUGCUGCUGUACAGUUUAAGAGUUUUUAACUGUGAGGGCAAGGGAAAGAAGUCCAUCACCAUUGCUGCCAUGAACUACGUACUGGAGAACGGAACAGCACCAGGCGUGGUGUCCAUGUCACUUGGAGGUUCACCAUCACAGGCGCAAGAUGAAAUGGUCAAGGUACUGUUCGAUGCUGGCUUUGUAGUUGUGGUGUCUGCUGGCAACGACGACGAUGAUGCUUGCUUAAAAUCGCCUGCAAGAGCAUAUGAAGCUAUCACAGUUGGAGCAACGGACAUAAAUGACACCAGAGCAUAUUUCUCAAACUAUGGUAUAGGUGUGAAUAUGUUUGCACCGGGCAGAUAUAUCGAAUCAUUAGAUUACGCAUCUAAUAAUGGGACACGCAUCAAAUCCGGAACAUCAAUGUCAACACCUCACGUCUCAGGUUUGGCUGCUAUUUUAAUAGAUAAAGGAACACGCCCUGUAGAUGUUCCAGAUGUUAUAUAUGAACUUACCACAAAGAAUAUCGUGCGAGAUCCCGGGCAACAUUCAUACAACAGGCUUAUGUUUGUUCCUAACGCCUAGACACUCACUCAUUAUAUUGGACGUCAUUGCAAACUUAGAAAACCAUUUUAAUUGUUAAAAGGUCAAUCAUUGAUACUUACGCAAUAAAAAAAAUUAAAGGCAAGAAAAUCACUAUAAAUUAUUUUAACGAUGAUUAUUAGGACCUUGACUAGCAAACUACUUUAAUUUUUUAAAAAUAUUGCCGGAAUUGUUAUGUUAUUAUAUUUAAGAUUAUAAUUCAGAUAGAUUCUUGUAUCAAUAUCGAUAAACAACAUGGUUAGUUAUAAAGGAUAUUUAACAUACUGUUAUUAACAGUGUAUCCGGUUAUAUAUACUUAUUUAAUAUUGUGACAUUUUGUUUUAAACAUCAAACUAAUAUUACAAAUGUUAAAAUGUUAUUAUGCCGAGUACCGUAAUUAGUGUGGAAUCAAUAGCCGUUAUGAUUCUAUCAAAACCAAGUCAAGCAAACAAUAAGCCUAACUGCCAUGACACUACUCUAAACACACUUUAUCUGUACUUAGCGAUAAUAAAAGCCUAUAAUGUGGUGUGUUAGUGAAUGUAGGCCUACACUUAAUCUUGCCGUAUAUUGGAAAUCUGUAUCAAUUUCUAGUUUCAUGAUUUUAGCUACAAUUUACGGAAUUUCUAUAAGAGAACGUCUAAAAUUUUAAAAUUAAAUUAACAUUGCUAAAGAUAAGGUGAUUGGAAUCUUUUGAACAAAUGUGAGUGCUAUCGAUUCUGAAGCUCAACUGGCUUGCCCAGGUGAACGUGGAAAUCUGUAAAAUGUUUUACACUAUUCGCUGCAACAAGUGUUUGGUACAUGUAUCUUGCAAGUCGUAAUAUAAGUGUCAUCUGGAUAUUCAGUUAAA